GCCGCUGAGGUUGCUGUAUUUUCAAUUUAAAAAGUCAUAAACAGUAAUUUUAGUAAUUAAAAUAUUCGCAUUGUUCCUUGCGUAAGGAUUAGUUAUAAGCAAUGUCUCUCGUCUGCAGUAUAUCAAACGAAGUUCCGGAACAUGCCGUUGUUUCCCCGAGAUCGGGAGCAAUCUUCGAGAAGCGCCUCAUUGAAAAAUACAUCGUAGAAAAUGAAUGUGAUCCUAUUAACGGUGAACCAUUGAAAGUGGAAGAUCUAAUUGAGAUAAAAACUCCGCCUAUUGUUCGUCCGAAACCACCAAGCGCUACGAGCAUUCCAGCCACUCUCAAAAUGAUGCAGGAUGAAUGGGACGCACUGAUGUUGCACGCGUAUACACAAAGGCAACAAUUACAAACGGCUCGCCAGGAGUUGUCCCAUGCUCUGUAUCAGCAUGACGCUGCUUGUCGCGUGAUAGCUCGUUUAAACAAGGAGGUAGCUGCUGCUCGAGAAGCUUUGGCCACGCUCAAACCACAGACCGGUAUUGCCUCUAUUCAAUCAAGUAUCGUCUCGCAACCAUCGAUUGCAUCUGAAGCUGGUGGCAUGGCAACUCAGCCAAUAGAGCAGGCUGGUAUGAGUGCCGAAGUUAUACAAAAAUUACAAGACAAGGCAACCGUACUUACACAGGAGCGAAAGAAAAAAGGCCGUACUGUCCCGGAAGAACUGGUUAGCGCAGAAAAAAUACGAGGUUUUCUCACUCUGGCAUCCCAUCCAGGUCUUCAUUCAGCUAGUGUACCCGGUAUUCUGGCACUGGAUAUCAACCACUCCGAUCAGAGUAAAAUUCUCACGGGAGGAAAUGACAAAAAUGCUACCGUAUUCAAUAAAGACACCGAGCAAAUUGUUGCAAUCUUGAAAGGACAUACCAAAAAAGUCACUAAAGUUAUCUUUCAUCCAGAAGACGACACAGUUAUUACUGCCUCUCCAGAUGCUUGCAUUCGAAUUUGGAACGUGCCAACGUCGCAAACUCAAUUGCUACUGCGGUGCCAUGAUGGGCCGGUUACCGGAUUAUCUCUCCACCCUACCGGUGAUUAUGUUUUGUCAACGUCAUCCGAUAAACACUGGGCUUUUUCCGAUAUCCGCACCGGGCGUCUGUUGACCAAGAUUCCAGACACAGCAGACAUUGGCCUUACAACGGCUCAAUUUCAUCCGGACGGUUUGAUCUUUGGAACAGGAACUGAGGACUCACAAGUGAAAAUUUGGGAUCUAAAAGAACAAAGCAACGUUGCCAAUUUCCCCGGGCACACAGGUCCGAUCACUGCCAUUUCGUUUUCCGAAAAUGGUUAUUAUUUGGCGACGGCUGCUGACGAUGCCUGCAUUAAAUUAUGGGAUUUGAGAAAGUUGAAGAAUUUCAAAACAAUCACAUUAGAUGAGGGGUACGAAGUUAAAGAUUUGUGCUUCGAUCAAAGCGGAACGUACUUGGCUAUUGCAGGAACGGAUAUCAGAUUAUAUUUGUGCAAACAGUGGCAGGAGUUGAAGGUGUUCAACGAUCACACUGCGCUAGCCACUGGUAUUCGAUUUGGAAAACACGCGCAAUAUGUUGCUUCGACAAGCAUGGACCGUACACUGAAGCUGUACGGAAUCGAAUAAAAACCUUUGCGUGUCAUUCUGAUAGACACUUCUCAAAGUAGGUAUGGCUACGAAUAUUUGAUCGACUAAUCUACACACCAUGUUUCACGUUGUAUUUAGUUUCUAUAAUACGAUGACAUAUUACAAUUGAAAGAAUAGAAACGAUGCUAAUAAA